GUUAGAAAAAGGUGAAGAUAUAUUAAUGGUAGAUGAAUUAGAAAAUGAAUGUGAAAAUAACAAUGAAAAUGAUGAAAGUAGUAAUGAUCAAGAAUCAAUUGAAAAUCUAAAUAUAGACGAAGAAAUUAUUAGCAGAAUGCUUACAAUGCUAAAAAUGGAGUUAAAUAUUGGUAAAAUUAUUUGUAAUUAUAUAUUUGUAAUAAAUCAUUUAUUAAUAUUAUAA